UCAGCAAGAUAAUAGGUACUGCUGUUACGGGUUUGUUGAUUGAUUGGAGUUGUAUCCGCUAAGACAGUCUAAAAUUCAAAUUCAAUGGCUUCUAAUUAAAUUCUACUGAUAGGAAAAUCUGUAUCUCCCCAUCCAAAUUCCAACUCAUAUCGUAUGCACCUAAUCCAACCCUUCAAAAAAUUUGUAUUCCUUCUAAAAUGCUCGCCACAAAUCCCUCGGUAUCGUCUCCGACGUCUGACUCUGUCGACACCUCCCCGCUCCUCACCCGCUCCAUCGCCGACCACCUCCUCCGAAGCCGACGUCUCCUACGCCGCCCACCACAGCCUCUCCGUGGUGCGGCUGCUCGGCUUCUCCGUCGAGCCAGCAGCCGCCGCAUGAUGCUGCGGGAACCCUCUUUCCGGGUGCGCGAAAAUGCGGCCCAGCAGCUCGAGGAGCGCCAGAGCGACUGGGCCUACUCCAGGCCGAUUAUUGUGUUAGAUGUGUUGUGGAAUUUGGCCUUCGUGGUGAUUGCUGCUGUGGUGUUGGGGUUGAGCGUCAAAGAGGAGCCUGAGGUGCCGUUGAGGCUGUGGAUAAUUGGGUACGGUUUGCAGUGUGUGUUCCAUAUUGCCUGUGUGAUCUUCGAGUACAGAAGACGGCUUAGUGGAAGGAAUAUGGGAUUGAGAGUGAGUAGAGAUUCCACUUCGGGAUCGGGGGGUGAUGGAGGAGAUUCUGUGGACUAUGGGGCUGAACAGCGAGCCAAUGAUGAUGAAAAUCGCGUUGCUAAGCACCUGGAGUCUGCAAAUACAAUGUUUUCAUUUAUCUGGUGGAUUGUCGGAUUCUACUGGGUUACUGCUGGUGGCCAAAAUGUGACACAUGAUUCACCGCAGCUAUACUGGCUUUGUAUUACAUUUCUUGCUUUUGAUGUGAUCUUUGUAUUCAUCUGUGUUGCUGUUGCUUGUCUCAUUGGUAUUGCUAUCUGCUGCUGCCUUCCAUGUAUAAUUGGAAUCUUAUAUGCCAUGACAGAGCGGGAAGGAGCAACAAAGGAAGAGAUUGAUCAAUUGCCAAAGUAUAAGUUCCACAAGAUGGGGGAUUUUGAGAAAGUUAGUGGUGAGAUUCAAGCAUCUUUUGGAGGUACGAUGAUUGAAUGUGAAAUUGAUAUGCCCACUGAACGUCUUCUCUCCCAUGAGGAUGCUGAGUGCUGCAUUUGCCUUUCUGCAUAUGAAGAUGGAACUGAGCUACGUAAACUUCCUUGUCAUCACCAUUUCCACAGCACAUGCAUAGAUAAGUGGCUUUACAUAAACGCAAUCUGCCCUCUUUGCAAGUUCAACAUUCUAAAGGCAAGCAAUCAAAUUGGUAGUGAAGAAGUGUAGAAACAAGGUUUUCUACAAGAAUUCGGGAUAGAGCUUCUUCCCUAUCUGUGUUAUCAUGCGCACGUGACCAUCUUUGAUAGCAGUGGAGACGUUUUGGCUUGAGACAGCAUCUAGCUGGUGCCAUUAACAAGAGAAAUCAUCUCAAUGUGUAACUAUCUGUAACUUUUCUUGGUCAGUGUGCCUAAUGUAUAUGAUAUUUUUACUGUUACUCAAAACAGAUUGAAUUAGUUGUUAGUAACGGGUUUCCUUUGCAAA